AUGGCGAUAAUAGGUGACGCCUUGCGGCAGGCGUUCAUGCCGAAGCACGAGUACGAGAGCCUCCGCGAAGAGGAGAAGGCAUGGCACAAGCUCCACAAGCCGCUGAUUUCUCUCUUGCUAACCCUAAUCUCGCUCGCCGUUUUGAUAUCCACUGUGAUUAGCUUGAAGAUAGUUUUUCCGGAUGACAAUUUGCGGCGCCCCUUCUGCCGCGAUCUGAGGAUUCAGCCUCUGUCGAUCAAUUUCACCGCCGCGGCCGCCGGAGAGGCGGAUCGCCUGCCUGGAGCGUUUGUUUUGACGGAUCAGGAGACGGUUGAUUAUUACUGGAUGGUGGUUUUCGUUCCCUCCGCCAUGGUUUUCGCAGCUUCUGUGGUCUACUUGAUUGCAGGUCAGGAAAUUGGUUAUGCUUUAGCUGCUCAGGCUGAUUGUGCUGGGAUUACAGUUGCUUAUACUGCCCCUGCAAGACAUGGAUGCUUGAAGGUUGUUGAGAACAAUUACUGUGCUUCAAGAAGAGGUGGGGUCCGCUGUCUAUCCAUACUGAAUGUGGUGUUCGCCAUCACGUUUGGUCUCCUUGCCCUAUUCCUGGGCUCGACUCUCCUCACCCUCGGCAGCAGCUGCUCGGUGCCCCUUUUCUGGUGCUACGAGAUCUCGUCAUGGAGCAUGGUCAUCCUUCACGGUGGUACCGCCUUCUUCCUCAGAAGAAAAGCGGCUUCGGUGCUCGACGAGGGUGACUUUUCCGGAAGGAAUGUCGGGCUCGAGAUGCUUGAGUCGGGCCCUGUGGAGGUUACCCCGGAAAUCGAGAGGCGUGUGGACGAGGGUUUCAAGUCUUGGAUGGGCCCGUCUUUCCUGUCGUCAGACGAGGAGGAGGACGAGCCUGACGACUACUUGGAAGUGCCGAAUGUGUCGCACUUCAACUCCACACGUCAGAGGGUGUGAGAGCUCUCGAUUGGUUUUCUGGGAUGAUGAGCUGGCGUGAGGGGAUUUGAUGCAAGAUUUGACUUGACCAGCAAAACUUGUGUAUACUGUUAAAGGAACGGUUUUUGUCACGGGCUGGGAAAAAUUGGCUGCACCUCGCAAAGAGCAAUUCUCUACUUUGGUAUACUUGUGAUAAAUCACGGAAAGGUUUGGAGGUGUGAUGCCUCUCAAAAUAUUCAUUUUUUUUUUUUUUUUAGAAUAUAUGGUUAGGAUUUUGGGUCUAGUAUCUGUUGUAGACUGCAAUGUGCAAAGAAGGACGAAAGUGGCUCUUGCAAGUGGCAACGUUUUUUAGGUGAAUGUAUGAAGGAAUUGUUGAGCUGGUAAAAAAUUGUGGAGAGGUGAAUGUAUGAGGUGGCGUGUGUUUUGUGAUUUCUAGCGAGAGAAUAAGACCUUCGCAUGGUUUAUAUAUAAACUAUAACAGGGCUACAACAAGGAUUUUAUGGAGCAUAGGAAUAUGUCUAUCAAAUAAAUAUUGGAUCUUAACGAAGUUAGGAAUGUGGGAGUCAAGAAAUAUUUAAGUUGUGGUUCACUUUAUUUUUUGGACCAUUAAUAAUAAAUCAUUCUAC